AAAGCAUUGUAACAGAGGAGGUAAUCACGUGAUGAUCUAAAGGCAAUCAAGAUGGCGACGUCAAUGCCGAAACAGGUGAAUAUGGAAUCGACGCGUCUUUGUACUGAGUGUGGCCGACAGUUUCAGUCCAGGAGUGGCCACAGCCGCCAUAUGAGACAGCACAAAGGACAAGCCCCAUACCGAUGUUGCGGGAAGAUGUUUUUUGACAAGGAUAAACUAAAAAUGCACAGAAAUCAUAUUCACGGAGAGGCGGCUCGCGAGGCAUGUUUCCAGUGUGGGAAACUCUUUGCGACCCGACAACAGGUAACAAAACACAUGACUGUUGUGCACAACGCAAAUUCCGAAAAAUUUACUUGCGACACGUGUGGUGCGAAUUACACGUCAAAGCAGGGUCUCCAGGAUCACACUGCUAGUCAGCACGAGGGUCGUGCAGCGCAUGCCUGCCAUUGCGGUAAAGAAUACCGACACGCCACAAACCUUUACAGGCAUAAAAAAUCAACAAAACACUAAACAUAUAAUGUGUCUAGACAGUACAAGCUAUGUUUCUUCAUUUUAUGUUAAUUAAUGUAAACUGCCUCUACAUUAAUCGAUAUCAUAUAUAUUGUUUAAUGUUAUUGAAAACCGUGAUUUAUAGUUGAUCUCGUAUAUAUUGAUUUAUGUGAUUUAAAGCUGUGAUUUAAAGUUAAUCUCAUUUAUAUAUUGAUUUAUGUGAUUUGAAACUUUGAUUUACUGUUAUAUUGUGCAAUUGACAACCAAUAAUACUCAAAUAUUGUUUGGGGUCGUAUUACAAAAACAUUUACAAUAAUAUGUCGGAUGUUUAAAAAACUUCUUGUCAGUUUGUUAUUGAGAAUUAUAUUAUGUUACAUGUUUCUGAAAUACUACCCGUUUUAUAUCAUGUUAUUUGAAAUAUAUGAUAAUAUGUUGUGAUUAAAGAAACGAAUUGAA